CCCACUCACUUCUCCUCCCCAAAAAAAGAAAAAAGAUUAUCUGAAAUUUCCGCAACAAUGGCGACAAUCACAGCUACAUUAGGGCCGAUGAUGAUGGGUGUUUCAGUUUCAAAAUCCCAAAACAAUGGCAGAUUAUCACUCAAAACCUCCAACACUUGUUCGGAGAUUGGUUCCGUAGCGUCUCAAUUGAGCGGCAUGAAGAUAUCGACGGCCCGUUUUCAGAUACGGGCCCCCGCUCCCGUCUCCGCCCCUCUCCGCCCUGCUCUUCAGCCCGUUGCCCGGAGAGUGUGUCCGUUAACGGGGAAGAAAUCGAACAAGGCGAAUUUGGUUUCACAUUCGAACCACAGGACAAUAAAGAGGCAGUUUGUGAAUUUGCAGUAUAAAAGAAUUUGGUGGGAAGCCGGAAAGAGGUUUGUGAAGCUGCGUUUGUCGACAAAAGCUAUCAAGACUAUCGAGAAGAAUGGACUCGAUGCUGUAGCCAAGAAAGCUGGUGUGGAUCUCAGAAAAAAGUAGUGUCGAUAGCAAUUUUUCUUUUAAUUUCGAAGGGCAAAAAACAUAGAUGAUUCUGAAAAUUUCUACGAUGUUUUUGUUGUGUUACGAUUUUGUAGAUUUAUUCUCCCCGGUUUUUUUCGUUUGUUUGUGACAAUUGACAAGUGAAUGAUUCAAUUUCCAUUGAAA